UUGGGCUGUGUAAUUGUAUUAUUAGCUUCAUUGGUCACAACGAUCACAGCCUUAUCGACGUGUGCAAUUUGUACGAAUGGAGACGUUAAGGGAGGUGGUGCAUACUUUCUGAUAAGUCGCUCGUUAGGACCUGAAUUCGGCGGAUCCAUUGGCUUGAUAUUUUCGGUAGCGAAUGCCGUCGGUGCAGCUAUGUACGUUGUUGGUUUUUCCGAGACAGUCAGGGAUUUACUGAAAGAUAAUGGCAUAGUAAUCGUUGACGGUGAAAUGAACGAUGUGAGGAUUAUUGGAAUGAUAACAUGUACACUGUUAAUGGGCAUCAUCUUCAUUGGUACACAGUUCGAGAGUAAAAUGCAAAUCGGUCUUCUCGCGAUCUUGGCACUAUCGAUUCUCGAUUAUAUGAUUGGAUCAUUCGUGCCGAUCCCACAUGAUCGCCGACGUCUUGGCUUGACUGGAUACAGCUUUGUAACGAUGAGUGAAAAUUUCAAGCCGAACUUUGAGGGUGAAACAUUCUUCUCGGUGUUUUCCGUCUACUUUCCAGCCGCUACUGGCAUCAUGGCUGGAGCGAAUAUUAGUGGCGAUCUGCUAGAUCCGCAGAAGGCGAUACCGAAAGGUACUCUUUUGGCUAUAGGUGUGACAACGGUCAUAUACUUGAUGGUGAUCUGGAUGACAGGAUCAACGUGUGUUCGAUAUGCUGACGGAUUGGUGUUACCUGUUGUAGUGAACGGUACUCACCUAAUACCGGACUGUUUAACGCAUAAUGCAACAACUAGAAAGAACAAUUGUUUAUAUGGUUUAAUGAAAAAUUACCAUGCAGUAUGCAAGGAUAGACUUUUCCCAAAGAUUGGCGUUUUCGCGAAGGGAUACGGUAAAGACGAAGAGCCCAGAAGAGCUUAUGCACUUGCGUUCGGGAUUGCAAUGAUCAUGAUUCUGAUUGGUCAGUGUUUAGUUUUAUUGUAA